AUGUUGGGCCAUCGUGACGUCUUCGAAGCGAGUGAGGAGAAACGUCGAUGUCCUGUGCGUCUGCGUCUCACAGCCUCACAACCACAUCAGGUCUCGUCCGUGUGGUAUACGCAACAGCUUCCAGUUCUCCAGGGCUUCGAGACGAGGUUCACUUUUCAAAUCACCGAUCAGUCGAAACGUUGCUUCGAAGUGAAAGAUCAAAACUUUGGACUCCAUGAAUACCGCAGCUGUGCAGGAUCAAAUAUGGGAUUCUCGGGCCUUCAGAAUUCAUUGGCUGUCGAAUUUGAUACGUGGUAUAACGACGAAAACGCUGGAGAAGAUAGCUUCUACGACCAUGUAGCCAUAUACUCCCGUGGCCAGGAUAGUAACAGAGACUCUGAAAGCGCACGGAUAUCUGCGGCUGCUGUACACGACCUCGCAGACGGCAAGGUGCAUGUUGUCAAGAUCCGAUAUUAUCCUGAGCUGAGGUAUAACUACAUGCCAUACUUCUCCGCGACAGAAAAUCUAGCCAAGUUUAUUAAGGAUGUGUCGGAAGGUCGAAGGGUGGGGACUUUACUCGUGUUUAUGGACAAUGGGAUCAACGACGAUAAACCCAUUUUGGCUAUCCCGAUCAACCUGGCGGCAACGCUAAGGUUGGAUUCGGAUGAGGCUUUUGUUGGAUUCACGGCGUCAACUAGCAGCUCGUGGCAGAAACACGAUGUGCUUGGCUGGUAUUACUGCACAGAGCCACCUUGUCUGGACCAGUACGAUGCCGAGAUGACAUUCGACUUCGACUACAACGAGCAGUCGAUGCUUUCCACAGCUUCGUAUAGCAACACUCUUUACCCGAUCUUUAUCUACCCGGACACGGUGUCGUGGUCUAAACGUCAGGCAUAUUUUGCGUCCAACCAGAAGGUCGGACUCGUCUCGUGA